CUUCUAAGAAAAUGGCGUCAGAUAGUGAUAGUGAAACUUGUAUUGCUGUUGUAAACAAUAUUCCUCCCUUCUACCAUUCGGUGGAUUUACGAAAUUUUUUCUCACAGUUCAUAGAGAGUGGAAGAUUUGAUUGUUUUCAUUUUAGACACCGACCUGAAAAACAAAAACCGUCUAAAGUGACGCAAUACGAAAAUUUACAUGAAAGUGUAAACAAAAAUGAAAGUAGCAGCAAAACAUCCACGACAUGCUGUGUUAUACGUGUGAAACGACAUAAUUUAGACGAUUUACUUAGACUUUAUAAUAAGGCAAACUGGUUAGCGAAAAGUGGAGAUUCUUUAGCAAGUGUCUGCUAUAUUUCAGAAAUUAGACUUGACAAGAAAAAUGAAAAUACACCUACGGCUACAUGUAAGAGUGCUUCAAAUGCAUCUAAUGAUUUUUACCAGACUAGAAAUGAAAAGAAAAAAAUUCCAGAAGACAGAACUGAUUUCACUGAAUCUGACCUAAUGAAAUUACCAGAGUUAAAUCCCCCACAAAUGAUGCCAUAUGGAAAUAUAGGAACUCCAACGAAAAUAUUCCUAAAAUUUAUCAGAGAAUGCAGAUUACCUCCAAAAAUAAUCCAAAAGCUUGGACUUCAGUUCCCUCGAACAAAGCCAAGGAAAAUGUUUGGUUCUGUUCCAUUUGAUUAUGGCAGUGAAGUAAAUGAUUUUACGAACAGUUCUGAUUCAGAAUCAGAAAUAGUGUCACCUCAAGAGGAUAAGUCUUUCUUAAAUGCCAAAAACAGACUUUCUCCUUCUAAAACAUCCACAGUGCAACAAGUUUGUGAAAAUUCUACACAUUUAAAUUCAAAGCUAAGUGAAACAGAAAUAGACUUGUCUUCUGUGCCUAUCAGAACCAAAUUACUACAGGAUAAAGAGUCAGAUGCUUCAGCAUCUGUAGAUACAGAAAAUGAUUAUUUAUCAAAAAGAAUGGCAAAGAAAGCCGAAAAAAGAAGAAUUCGAGAAUUAAAAGCAGAAAGAAUUGAAGAGAAAUUGAUUGGUGAUGAAAGUGAAUCAGAAGAGGAUAAUGAUGAUUGUGAAGAAUGGGAAAGACAUGAAGCAAAUUAUGAUGAUCCCUCCAAUCAAGCUAGAAAUAAUGAAAGACUAUUUGAAGAGAGAAUCGAGUUAAAAUGGGAGAAGGGUGGCAGUGGUUUAGUCUUUUAUACAGAUGCACAAUACUGGAAAAAAUUUGAAGGAGAUUUUGAUGAACAAUGUGCUGAUGAUUGGGAUGUUGAUAUGAGUAGUUAUUAUGAAGACGGAGCAGGAGAUAAAGAUGCUCGUGACCUCAUCACGAUGAGACAAGAGAAGCGACGUAGGGAUGGCAUUGCAAGUGGAGACCGGUUCUUGGAAGGGAAAAUCGGUAAAUUUGAAAAAUAUACAAAAGGUGUUGGUAGAAAAAUUAUGGAGAAUCAGGGAUGGAAGGAUGGACAAGGUUUGGGAACAGCAACUAAUUCUGGCAUUGUUGAUGCUCUAGAAAAUGAUGGUCAACAUCCACGAAAUAAAAAAGGUUUAGGGUUUAAUGGUGAAAAACUGAAAAAAAUUUGUCCAAGUUUUAAAAAGAAAGCUAAGAAUGAUCAUUUAAUAACAACAAUAUAUGAUGAUCCUAGUGUUACAGAUCCCACAGAACCUUUAUUACGGAGAAAUGAACCGUAUAUUAUAAAACAUACACCUGGUAUUAGUCAUAUAGAGUUUAUGAAAAGUUGUGAUUAGAGCUUGGAUUUUGUUUAUAACUAAUUUUAUUUAAAAUGAAUAUGAUAGAAAUUUGAACAAUUUCAUACAUAAUUUAUUUCCUAUAUAAUGUAUUUUAAUGUAAAUAUUGCUGUAUGUAUAAACUUUAUACAUAAAGCACUCCUGACUGAGCAUCAAUAAAACAUGAACAGUGGUCUGUCUGGCUUGUAUAUAAAGAUGAAAAGUUGGAGGGAAAUUGAGUGGUAAGUGUGUGCUUUAAAGGGGAAGACCAAUGAUUUUCAACAAGGUUUCCAUAAAUCGUAUAUAUAUUGAUAAAUAAUCCCCUCUGUAACACAAGCAAAAAUUAGUAAACAAUUAGUCAUGUGGCGUGGAUUGAGGCACAGCGUACUGUUCAGUAUGGUUAAAUUACGCGACGACUUUGUGUACUAAACAUUAAAAAAACAUAAAUUUGUGUUUAUAAUGUCCUAAUAAACAGCCCAUUUGAUCAGAUUUUUGGCCAAAGGUCGACGCAUGAAUACAAUACAGCAGUAAACUUAUGCCAAAUCUGUAUGCUUACUAUAGAGCCCAGUGAGUGUGUUGAACCAACUAUGUCACAUCCGCUUUUAAUAAAAAUUAAUUUCUCGCUUACAAAAUCUUUUCUGCUUGUGCUACAGGGGAUUAUUUAUCAAUAUAUAUUUAAGGUUUAUGGAAACCUUGUUGAAAAAAGUUGGUCUUACCCUUUAAAUCAUAAGGUUUAUCAUUGAAUCAAGUGGCAUGGUUUUCAUCUUAAGAAGUAGGGUCAUUUCGGGACUAACAUAUGGUUCAAUUUUAUUUCCAUAAUUCACUUGCGCGUAGGGGUCUUUAGCAGUGGGAGGAAACCGGAGGACCCGGAGAAAACCCACGAGGUUGGACAGGCGACCAUACUCCUUGUCACGUACAACCGGGGAUUCGAAACCACGCCAGUUGACUCAGU